GACUGUGUUAAUGUAGGGAAGCGUCUAUCAUAUUAGAAAUUUAAAAGUAUGCUGUUUUAAUUUUGAUAUUAUUGUGUGAGUGUCUGUGUGCGCCGGUAUUAACAGUGCAAGGUAGCGGCUGUUCCGGAAGCGAUGACAAACUGCUCGAACGAGUUCCCGACCACGGAUAUCUACUAUGAUGAGAUUGGAUCCGACACGGGAAUGCUGGUUUGCCUGGGGAUUGCCGGCGCCCUGACACUGGUGUGCGUUGGUAUUUUUGUGGAGGAAGUGAGCUUCGUCCGCCGCCACUACUCCUACCAGGUGCACGGAAACAUCGCAAACAAGAUGAUCAUCAUUCUCGCUCUCUUUCCGGUUAUGUGCAUCACGAAGCUUAUUCCGGUCUUCGUCCCUACCAGCAACGUACUCCUUGCCCUAAUGGCAACCUGCUACAUCUCUGUGUGUAUCUACGUGUUCGUAACCCUCACCAUCUCGCUGUACGGGGGAGGCGGAAGUAUGGUAUCAACGUUGAGGACCGCCGGAGACCAGGUCUCCAUAGCAAACCCGCCCUGUUGCUGCUGUCUCUUCUGCUGUCUCAAGCCAAUCACACUGAGCAGGAAGUCUCUGGGCGUGUUCAAGCUGCUAGCGAUGCAGAUGAUGAUCGUCCGUCCGUUCUUACUCUUCAUCGCCGCCGUUCUAUGGACGGACGGAAAAUACGAGGAACAAAUGGACCCCCGGGAGCCGUACGUUUACAUUGCGAUUCUGUCAACGGUCAGCACCCUCCUCUCCAUGUACGGACUGAUCGUCAUCUACCGGGCCUCACGUACGCACCUGUCACACUUCAGCCUUGUUCUCAAGUUCGUGCCUUUCCAGGCUAUGAUGGCUUUGGACGGAAUCCAGAUGCACGUCUUUAACUUCCUGGCUUACAAGGAUAUCCCGGAGUGCGUGGGACAGCUGGGUUCAAGGGUCAGGGGAACAAAUUUCAACAACUUGCUGCUGGUACUAGAGUCGUUCCUGCUGUGUCUUUUGGCGCGGCGCGGCUACCGGAUGGUUCCUCCCGAUCACAUUAUCGACCCUAUGAACCCUGUGCAGGGAAUUAACACGGCGAAGGAUAACACAGGUGGGUAUCAAUAUGGCAGCCUAGGUCACGAGGAUUCUUGAGCCGGGCUUGGGAUUUAGAUUCCGGCCAUAAGUGUUGUUAAAGACAUUUUAUUGAAAAUAGAAAAUAAAAGCAUUGGAACAUUCGGUUUUGGAAUGAUUAUACUUUGAAUGUACCGAUUUUGGCAGAACCGAAGGCGACGGCAAUGUAAAAAUGAAAUCUAUUUAUGAGUUUCAAUAAUACUAGAACCAUCUCUCUAGUAUAAACAUGACUGGAGUGCGUACAUAUUAAAGUUUUGAAACAGUUUCAAAAAACUGAAUACUAGUGCGACACAUUAUAUUUAUAGCAAAACAGUUUGACAUAAAGUGUAAUAAAGCUCAUGACUUGAGUGCCAGAAAUCUCAUUACUGAUGUGCCAUAAAGCACUUGACGUAGUGCCAUUUAUUUUAUGUUAUUGGCUACAUUAAUAUAAAAAGUAUGACAUAUUCAUUGGGGAUAUUUUAUAUCUUUCGAUUGCUUUAUUCGGAUGACUUAAAGCUUUAUAUGUCAGUUUAUGCUAAGUUAAUUUGUUGUUCGAUUGCAUGUUUGACAAUUUUACCAAAAUGUUUGAUCAUACUAAAUAUUGUUGUCUGCUCGUCUGUAAGAUGGUCCCAUAAUAUUUAUCUGAUCUUUAUCUGGUCUUUAUUUAAUAUGCAUGUACUUGAACAGUAAUGCUGUCGCAGUGUCAUUUUUAUUGCUUUAUUGUAAUUACGUUUAUCGUUAUCAUUGAAAUAAUCAUUGAAUCUAUUACUGAGUUUUAUAUUAUCAUUUGUCCCAUCUGUAAUUAAACUUGCUUUGCAUUCAUGUACACGUUAGAUUAUUAUAGCAAGAGCGAAGAUAACUCGUUAAGGUAGUUUAUACCUCUAACAAUAGCAUCUCAUUUAAACCCAUAUUUGCAUGCAAGUUUACCUAAUAACAGUACCUAUACACCUUAACUGUUUGCGGUUGGUCAAGCGUAGCGAGAGAUAAACUCUGCCAUUAUAUGCUUGACCAUUGCUUGAUAAGCAUGAUUUACAAUAUAUAGUAUACAUAUAUAUUGCAGGUGCGUAAUAUCAUUUGUUCUACCAUUUCAUCAUUUCACCAUUAUUGAACCAUUUGUGUUUCAUGACUUUAUACGACAUUAUAUCUAUUUGUAUUGCCGUCGACCGGAUAGUGUAUUUUUGUAUUGAGCCAUUAUUCGCUUGACCAUUGCUUGAUUAGCAUGAUUUACAAUAUAUAGUUAAUAUAUAUAUAUAUAUUGCAGUUUCCCGUCAUCUAAAAAUUAUAGGGUAGGGUUUUGAUAAAGCGUCUUUUUUACUCCAUUUUGAGAGAUGAAUUAUCUUUACAUAUCGAUUUUAUCUCAAUAUUUUCACUAAACAUUAAUUUUAUUCAAUGAAUGUUCUGUAACCUUAGUAAUAUUUUCGAGUAUGAUUGACUUAGUUGUCCCCCUUUCAUAGACCAGGGUUAUUGCAUUGUUAUUUAACUAUACAUUAAACACUAAUUGUUGCAUUUUGGUGCAUUGUAAAAACUGUUUUUAUAAACAUUUGUGACAUUUGCUCAAUAAUUUUGUUGUUUCAAACGCGGUGUAAGACUGGUGAUGUUAGAGCACGUUGUGGCUAUAAGACACUGGAGCUGGACAGAAAACAAAAUUAAGCAAACAUGAACUAAUUUUUUCCAUGAAAUGUAAUUUCAACGGAUUUUUAGUGGAUUAAAUACACACAACUAUGUGAACAGAUUAGAAGUUUCUCUGUUGCAAAAGUUCGAGAUUGUUAUGAGUUGUAUAUUUCAGAGAAAUAUCCAUUAAUGUGCCAUUAUUAUUUCAAUUAUAGAUUAUAAUGCAUGUUAUUUUAUAAGAAAAAAACUCAAUAGCUGAACAGUAUAUAUAGUUAUAAAGAUGUUUGAUAAACAAACAUGAAGCUUGAUUUUAUUAUCAUUUAAUUUGUUCUUGGACUUGCAUGUGUUGAAUUGGGACGAAUAAACUAUAUAUGUUCUUCUUCUAUCAUUGUAUCGCUGGUGUUUAACUCAACUGAUGCGUUCCUAACUUCUUUAUUUUAAGCACAAGGUUGUUUAGAGAAUAUACAUUUGAAAUAAUGAAUACAGGCACUUACCUUUUGCUUUUACAUUUGUACCUGAAGUUUAGAAAGCUUUAUGAAUUAAAAAUGUUUUGUUCAUUAUCUUUGAGUUUACAUGUUUACACACUGAGAUAUUUCUAUUAUAAGUUAUCUUUAUUUGUAUUAUGUAUUUUGUACUCAGUGAUUUCAACACGACCGCUUGUAUUGUCGUUAUUGUAUUCCAAUAUUUGAUAAAUGCCGUUUCUCGUUUGUUGAAUGUUUGUUACUCAAUCAUGUGUAUUUGUUUUCUUUCCUCAGAACUCUUGCCAUCAUAGAUAUGUUAAUAAUAAAACAUUUGUUUAA